CCCUGCUGGAGCGGCCGGCCGCGCAGAGGAGGCGGCGACGGCGGCGGCGGCGACCGCAGCCCGGGAGGUAGCGGCCUGGGUAGGGACCGCCGGCCGCCCUUUCGGACACCCGCGGCCGAGGCGAAACAUGGCGGAGGCAUCGGCGGCGGGGGCGGACGCGGGCUCCUCUGUCACCGCGCACCGUUUCUUCUGCCACUUUUGUAAGGGCGAGGUCAGCCCCAAACUACCGGAAUAUAUAUGUCCCAGAUGUGAAUCAGGCUUUAUUGAGGAAGUGACAGAUGAUUCCAGUUUUUUAGGUGGUGGCGGUAGCCGGAUAGAUGAUAGCACGUCAACACAUUUUGCAGAGUUCUGGGACCGUCUGGAUCAUACAAUGUUUUUACAAGAUUUUAGAUCAUUUCUAACUAGCAAUCCACUGGACCAAGAUAAUAGAGCCAAUGAGAGAGGUCACCAAACUCACACUGACUUUUGGGGACCAAGUCGGCCUCCAAGGUUGCCAAUGACGAGAAGAUACAGGUCUCGAGGAAGUACUCGUCCCGACAGGUCACCAGCUAUUGAAGGAAUAAUACAACAGAUCUUUGCAGGAUUCUUUGCAAAUUCUGCAAUUCCUGGAUCCCCACAUCCCUUUUCUUGGAGCGGGAUGCUGCACUCCAACCCUGGGGACUAUGCCUGGGGUCAGACAGGGCUUGAUGCCAUUGUAACCCAGCUUCUAGGACAGCUAGAAAACACAGGUCCCCCUCCAGCUGACAAGGAAAAGAUCACUUCUCUCCCAACGGUGACAGUAACUCAGGAACAAGUUGAUACGGGGUUGGAGUGUCCAGUGUGUAAAGAAGAUUACACAGUUGAAGAGCAAGUCCGGCAGUUACCCUGCAACCACUUCUUCCACAGCAGCUGCAUUGUGCCGUGGUUAGAACUGCAUGACACAUGCCCCGUAUGUAGGAAGAGCUUAAAUGGUGAGGACUCUACUCGGCAAACCCAGAGCUCUGAGGCCUCUGCAAGCAACAGAUUUAGCAAUGACAGCCAGCUACAUGACCGAUGGACUUUCUGAAACAAAGACCACACCUGAACCAGGGCUGCCUGUAUUAGUCUUCUUAUCAUAGCUGUAAAUUGUAUAAAAACUAAACAAACAAAAUCGUAGAUGGAUUUAGGAAUCAUGUAAGAAACCCCAAUCCAUGAUAUUAAUGCAAUGAGUGUAUUUCUCUAAAUUUAAGGUUAGGACCUACAGAUGGGAUUGUAUCUAUAACCAAAUGCCCCUUGUUCCUGAAUUCAGAGUGAUACUUUUAAAAGUGUGAAACUUAAUAAUGUCCAUUUUGUCCUGCCUAGUAGAACAGUUCCUUUAAAGUCUGCCUAGGGUUCUGCUGUCAUAUUGUCUUGUAAUGGAUGUCUCUACCUCCUCCUCCAGUCCUAUCCCACCAGUAAUGGACAUUGCAGCAAAUACAGAGGAGCCUGAGCCCUAGGGUCUUGUUAUAUAAAGUCUUUUUUUUUUUUUUUGUCUUAAUUGUACAAGAGUACCUACUCUUGGCUAUAUUAGCAAGGUAGAACAAAUUAAGGAAAAUUACAGUGGGAAGGGAAAGUGGCCUGUCAUCUUCACUUUGAUUUUCUUAUUUUAAUUCAGGAAGUGCAGUUUCCCUAAAAAACCAACAUGGAAUGUCUUAGUCCUGGGUUGGAAAAAAUCUGAUUUUGGUUCCUUUUUGGCAUUAAGUUAGGCAGCAUAUAGACACAGAAGGACAGAUGUUGGAAUUCUUUACUACUGAGAUGUUUUUAAUAACCCUCAACUCAUUCUUUACUGUCUUUCAUACUAGGGACCUUACAAGAAUUUCCCUCAUAAAAAUAGGAUUUUUUUUAUUAGUGCUUCUAUACCAGUUUACAUUCUUGGUAAACUUAUUGUUAUUUAGGAAUUGAAAUUUUAUGUUGUCUGUUUUAGUUUGUAAAGCCCAUUUUCCGUGUGUGAAACUUCCUGUUCAGUUCAGUUCUAGCUAUACUUGGAAUCAAUCUGAUCAAUGUAAUCAUGCCCAAAACAGCUUAUUCUGGGAAAGGUAGACCUCGCUCUAUGUUCUAACGAUGCCAUACACAUGCUCUGCACAUGUUCAAAGCCGAAUGAAUAAAUGGAGAUUGUUGAGA